UUUUUAGAGCAGGCGGGAUGUGAAAGUCUUGAAGAAUAACUCAUUGAUCAAUCUCCAACAAGGCAUAGAGUUGGUCGUGUAAACCUUGCCUAGAAGUUAUUUGGAGAAAACGUGCGCGUUACUCCUUAAACGUCAAUUUCUUGUUUUCACUUAGACGAACAAACAGGGCAGCUGCAAUGUGGAUUCAAGUGCGCACAAUGGAUGGGAAGGAAACCCACCGGGUGGAUUCCUUGUCCAAACUCACCAAGGUGGAUGAACUGCGUCUCAAAAUCAUGGAACUCUUCAAGGUGGAGCCGGAGAGACAGAGGCUGUUUUACCGCGGCAAGCAGAUGGAAGACGGCCAUACCAUAUUCGACUACAACGUGGGCCUAAACGACAUAGUGCAACUGCUUGUUAGACAGAAGACGGCCCCUGCUGAUGUUGUCAAAAGCAAAGACAAAGAAGCUGAGCUCUCCGACUCUGAUUCUGGUUGUGGCUCAACCCAGAGUGAGUCUGACAAGAGCUCAACUCAUGGCGAGGUAGAGGGUCAGACCGCUGGCACCUCUGCCCAGACAAACACCCCAGAGCUCGUUGAUCCAGGGUUCGGAUUUUACAAGAUCAAUGAGCUGGUGGAUGCAAGGGACUUGAACAUGGGGGCAUGGUUUGAGGCCCAGAUCGUGAAUGUUACUAAGACAACAAAGACGCCUAAAGAGGAGGCUGCUGAGGCACAGGAAGAGGAGAUAUUGUACCAUGUUAAAUAUGAAGACUACCCAGAGAACGGGGUGAUUCAGUUGCUGGUAAAGGAUGUUCGUCCGAGGGCCCGUACGGUGUACCAGUGGCACCAGCUGGAGCCAGGAAUGGUUGUUAUGGUCAACUACAACCCAGACGACCCCAAGGAGCGUGGCUACUGGUACGACGCUGAGAUCCAGAGAAAGAGGGAGACGCGCACCCUGCGAGAGAUCUACGCCAAGAUUAUCCUUGGUGAUGCUGGUGACUCGCUUAAUGACUGCCGGAUCAUGUUCCUGACCGAAAUCUACAAAAUUGAGGAGCCUGGUUCUCUGGGUGACACCCCAGCUGGAUCAGAGAGUCCACUAAAAAGAUCAAAUGGACCUGAGUGCAAGCACUGUAAGGAUGAUCCCAAAAAAAACUGUCAGUGGUGUAACUGCCAUAUCUGUGGCAUCAAGCAGGAUCCUGACAAACAGUUGCUGUGUGAUGAAUGCGACAUGGCCUAUCACACGUACUGCCUGAACCCUCCGCUCACCUCUAUCCCAGAAGACGAGGACUGGUAUUGUCCAGGUUGCCGUAAUGACGCCAGUGAGGUUGUGUUGGCUGGAGAGAAGCUGAAAGAGAGCAAGAAGAAAGCUAAGAUGGCUUCAGCCAGCUCCUCCAGCCAGAGGGACUGGGGCAAGGGAAUGGCCUGUGUUGGUCGAACCAAGCAGUGCACUAUCGUCCCGUCCAACCAUUAUGGCCCAAUCCCCGGCAUCCCAGUCGGCUCCCUUUGGAAGUUCAGAGUGCAGGUCAGUGAAUCUGGCGUCCACAGGCCACAUGUAGCUGGGAUUCACGGCAGGAGCAAUGAUGGUGCCUACUCUCUGGUCCUGGCAGGAGGCUAUGAGGAUGACGUGGAUGAUGGUAAUGAGUUCACUUAUACUGGCUCUGGAGGGCGAGAUCUUUCUGGAAACAAGAGGACUGCUGAGCAAUCAUGUGAUCAGACACUUACCCACAUGAACCGGGCGCUGGCUCUCAACUGCAACGUCCCUGUCAACGACAAAAACGGAGCGGAGUCCAAGAACUGGAAGGAAGGCAAACCGGUUAGAGUUGUGCGCAGCUGCAAGGGUCGCAAGCACAGUAAAUACAGCCCUGAGGAAGGAAACCGAUAUGAUGGGAUAUAUAAGGUGGUGAAGUACUGGCCAGCCAAGGGCAAGUCUGGCUUCUUGGUCUGGCGGUAUCUGCUGAAGCGUGAUGAUGAUGAGCCGGCACCAUGGACCAGAGAUGGCAAGGACCGCAUCAAGAAGCUCGGUCUCGCCAUGCAGUAUCCUGCUGGAUAUCAGAAAGAGAAAGAGAACAAAAAUGAAGUGGAGGAAGAGGCGGCAACACCCAGCAAAGCAAAGAGGAAGAGAAAAUCUCAGAGCAGCGACUCCCCCAAGACCUCACCAGCCAAGACUCCUAAGAAAAUAAAGGUAGAAGUGUACAAACUUACCAAGGAGCAGAAAACCCUCAUCAAGAAUGACAAGCCAAACCAGAAGCUGUGGGAUGAAGCCAUGGAGUCACUGUCACUUGGACCGAAAUUCUUGAACAAAGUUGAGGAAGUUUUCCUCUGCAUUUGCUGCCAAGAAGUGGUCUAUCAGCCCGUCACCACAGAGUGUCAACACAAUGUCUGCAGGGAAUGCCUUCAGCGGUCCUUCAAAGCAGAUGUGUACACCUGCCCGGCCUGCAGGCACGACCUGGGCAAAAACUACUCCAUGGCCGUCAACAAAUCCCUGCAGGACAUUCUAAAUCAGUUUUUCCCAGGGUACAGCAAUGGGCGAUGAUCAUUGGUUCUGCCUACUCAACCCUCGAGGAAACGCGAUGUAAACUGUAAGGGGAAUUUUCAGUAGAGGCAAUAAAGAAUCAGUUUCUCUUAAUAUAUUUUUAUGAUUAUAAAACUACAAUGUUUGUGGACUUCAAUGCUACCAUGUUUCACCUUGGAUCUGCCAUGAUGUGUAGUCAAUGAUAAAUUGAAAAUUCCUUUGUAACUGUACCAUUACACCGUUAAAAUGUUCAACCUUGAUUUUACUCCCAGCGUUUCAUUUUGUUCCAUUAACUAAUGCUAAUAUUAUCCAUAAUGUAAAAUGUUUGUUACUUUUAACUAAAUCCCUCCAUGUUUAGCACUCCUUAAGAGAACGUUAAGUCAAAAUUAGCCGUUUGCCAAACUUUUUUGUUUGUCUUGUACAAGACUAUUAUUAGAAUCUGGAUCUUAUCUGGUCUGCCGUUAGUUUGGCUGUGUUUGGUCUUCAUUUUGGUGCAGUUUUUAAAAAAUCUGAUCAUGCAGUUAAUAUUAUUAUAAUAUUAAUUGGUCUACAUUCACAUCUGACCUGGAAGGCUCUAUUGCGUGUCCUGUAGCUCUGCACUUGUCUGUACUUCUACUUUUUAAAAUCUCUGCUUGUUCUGUUUGUCUCUGUUUACAAACAGAAUGCAGCUUGAUUUUCUAUUAAGUCAAUUUAUAAACCAGACAAAAACAGACUAUCACGAUAAUGUUGUCUUGACAGGCUUCCAAAUGUGACACCUCCUGUGUGUCCUGGCAUGAUCAGAUGAUUUAAAUUGCACAAUGACAAGUGAACAAAGCCCUUUUCUUUUUCUUUUUUUUCUUCUUUUUUUUUGAGAAAAGAGGCCUUCUGAAACUAAAGCUGCUCCAUCAAGUGUAGAUGAGAUCUUAUGUACAAGCACAAACUGAACCAAAGUUUUGUUUUUCUGCUCUUCAGCAGUCUAAGGGGAAGUGUCCUGUCGGGGAGCGGUGUCAUCACAUAUGGUUGGAUUUUCUAACUUGUGUAUUGGUUCCUUAAAUAUUUUCAUACAGUAACUGUAUAUUUGUGUAUGAAGUUUGUGAAAGUUGGUUUAAAAGUUACUAUGAAUUUGAUAUAUACCUUGAAAGCAAAACAUGAGAUUCUUAAGGCCAUUAUAUUCUGUGGUGUAGAUUUGAUUUCCCCUGUUUUUCAAAACGUUAAUUUUGAUAAAGUCCAAAGAAACAAAAGUACUUAACAAAGAGUGUAAUGUAGAACUCCCAUCUAGCUCUUUAGACAUUGUCCCUGACACGCAAACCUAAUUGAGUCUAGAAACUGUAUUUGUAUUUUUUGCUAAAAUUUAAAUUUGUACUUUUUCAUCAUUUUUUUUUUUUUUUUUUUAAAUAAUCUAUUACUGCCAUCUGUGGGGUGGGGUGGGGGGCUGUUCAGUCAGAUUGUCUCCUGUGGUCACUUUUACUAUCUGACCUCAUUUAAAAAAAACAGAAUAUGCUUGCAUUAAGUUGAAACGUUAAGGAAAUUCCACACAGUGCUCCUGAAAUUUGAUAUUGAAUCUAAAUUAUCUGAAUUUGUUAUUUACUACUUUUGCCGUUGCCUUGUCUUUUAUGAAUAUUUGGUGUUGAAUUUCAACAGCAGUGUGUGACAAUGUCCAUCCACAUGUCAGCACUUUGCGUUUUGAUGCAGAGACAAAGAUUUGCAUAGACUGGGAAAUGUAUAUUUUCUGAAAUUGUAUAAUUUUUUAGUCCAUUUUAGUUUUGAUAUGUAGUUUUAGAAUUGCUUGCACACGUUUGGUGCAAAAAUUUGUUAUUCAAUAAAAAAGUGAAAAUGAA